CCCGGCCCCUCGAACCCAGCUCUGGACUGAGUUGUCCCCUCCGUCGCCGGAGCGGGGCGCUGCGCCACACGGUGGGGCCGGAAAUUCCCGUGGCCUGAGUGGAGGAGCCGAAGCUGAGAGCGGGGUGCCGCCUUCCACCUCCCCGGGACGGGCGGGGGCGUUGGGCCCUGCGAGGGCUGGGCUGCCUGAGUGGGGGCGGGCGGCCGCAUCUGCUAGGAGCUGCGGCGCCGGCUGGCGGGGAGCCGGACAACGCUGCCGUUCGAGAGCCGCUCGGCGAGCUAGGAGACCCUGCGCCCCAGCUCUAGGGCCCCCGCCCCCUCGCGGUCUCCGCCUCCUUCCCUCACACACCCCCCCGGGCCGUCCGAGCUCCUGGCCUUCUCGGGGCUCCUCCUCCUCUCUUCACACUCGCCCUCCAACCCGGGUCCUCCAGCCGCCCGCCGGCCUUGCUCCCUGCCGGGCGAGUUCUCGUUCUCAGGCUCUCCUUACACACACAUACUCGCUUGCGGGGCCUCCUCACCUCACGGCCCUCCACCUCCUCGUCCUAACUGACGCCGCCGUCGGGGGAGGAUUGAUGUCCCUUCAGCAUCAUGCAGCCGCCGCCGAGGAAGGUGAAAGUUACACAAGAACUGAAAAACACUCAAGUUGAGCAGAUGACAAAACUUCAAGCCAAACAUCAAGCAGAAUGUGAUUUGCUUGAAGAUAUGAGGACAUUCAGUCAGAAGAAGGCUGCCAUUGAAAGAGAAUAUGCACAGGGUAUCCAGAAGUUGGCUAGUCAGUAUCUGAAGAGAGAUUGGCCUGGAAUAAAAGCUGAUGAUCGGAAUGAUUACAGGAGCAUGUAUCCUGUUUGGAAAUCUUUUCUUGAGGGAACAAUGCAGGUAGCCCAGUCUCGGAUCAAUAUAUGUGAAAACUAUAAAAACUUCAUUUCUGAGCCUGCAAGGACAGUGAGAAGCUUAAAAGAACAACAACUAAAAAGGUGUGUGGACCAGUUGACGAAGAUCCAAACUGAAUUACAAGAGACGGUGAAAGAUUUAGCUAAAGGCAAAAAGAAGUACUUUGAGACUGAACAGAUGGCUCAUGCAGUACGGGAGAAAGCUGACAUUGAGGCAAAAUCUAAACUUAGUCUUUUUCAAUCAAGAAUUAGUUUACAGAAGGCGAGUGUAAAGUUAAAAGCCCGGCGAUCUGAAUGUAAUUCCAAAGCUACCCACGCAAGGAAUGAUUAUCUUCUUACAUUAGCAGCAGCAAAUGCACACCAGGAUCGCUACUAUCAAACAGACUUAGUUAACAUUAUGAAGGCUCUUGAUGGAAAUGUGUAUGAUCACCUAAAGGAUUAUUUAAUAGCCUUCAGCCGAACUGAGCUAGAGACAUGCCAAGCUGUGCAGAACACAUUCCAGUUUUUAUUAGAAACCUCCAGCAAGGUCGUACGGGACUAUAACCUUCAGCUGUUUCUACAAGAGAAUGCUGUAUUUCACAAGCCUCAGCCCUUCCAGUUCCAGCCCUGCGACAGUGACACUAGCCGACAAUUAGAAUCAGAAACUGGAACCACGGAGGAGCAUAGUCUAAACAAGGAGGCUCGAAAAUGGGCUACACGUGUGGCACGUGAGCACAAAAACAUUGUUCACCAACAACGGGUACUAGACGAUCUGGAAUGUCAUGGAGUUGCAGUAUCAGAACAAAGCCGAGCAGAGUUGGAACAGAAAAUAGAUGAAGCUAGAGAAAAUAUUCGUAAAGCAGAGAUAAUUAAGUUGAAAGCUGAAGCCCGGCUGGACCUGCUAAAGCAGAUUGGUGUUUCUGUGGACACGUGGCUGAAGAGUGCAAUGAAUCAAGUGAUGGAAGAACUGGAAAGUGAGCGCUGGGCUCGCCUUCCUGCAGUGACCAGUAACGGCACUUCACACUCGCUUAAUGCAGACCCUGAAAGAGAAGAAGGAGAAGAGUUUGAAGACAACAUGGAUGUUUUAGAUGACAGCAGUUCCAGCCCGUCUGGCACCUUAAGAAAUUACCCACUCACCUGCAAAGUUGUUUAUUCCUACAAGGCUUCUCAACCAGAUGAGUUGACCAUUGAGGAGCAUGAGGUGUUAGAAGUGAUUGAAGAUGGAGAUAUGGAAGACUGGGUAAAGGCUCGAAAUAAAGUUGGCCAAGUGGGUUAUGUGCCAGAAAAGUACCUACAGUUUCCCACCUCGAACAGUCUACUGAGCAUGCUGCAGUCCUUGGCUGCUUUGGACAGUCGGUCACACACAUCCAGCAACUCCACGGAGGCCGAGCUCGUGUCAGGCAGCCUCAACGGAGAUGCCAGUGGUAAAGACCUAAACAAGGCACUCUUUAUUUGGUCACAUUUUGGCCUAAAUGUCUGUUUCGUGAAAGCACUUUAUGACUAUGAGGGCCAAACAGAUGAUGAAUUAUCCUUUCCUGAGGGAGCAAUCAUCCGAAUCCUGAACAAAGAAAACCAGGAUGACGAUGGCUUCUGGGAAGGGGAGUUCAAUGGGCGGAUUGGAGUUUUCCCAUCGGUGCUAGUGGAAGAACUUUCAGCCUCAGAAAAUGGUGACACUCCGUGGAUGAGAGAGAUUCAGAUCUCUCCUUCCCCCAAGCCACCAGGCUCCCUGCCUCCGCUGCCGCUGUAUGACCAGCCUCCCAGCAGCCCUUACCCCAGCCCCGAUAAGAGGAGCUCCCAGUACUUCCUGCGCUCUCCCUCAGCAAAUGAAAACAGCUUCCAUACCGAGUCGCCAGGAUUCUCACAGGCGCCAAGGCAUACUCCGGAGACUUCAUACGGCAAACUGCGACCCGUCCGGGCGGCUCCCCCUCCACCUACACAGAACCACCGAAGGCCAGCAGAGAAGAUUGAGGAUGUGGAAAUCACACUGGUAUAAUGAUGGGUUUGCCCAUUCAUUACUGCUACAAUCAAGGCCAGGCUUGGCAGUUGGCCAGUCUUGUUUUUUAGGCACCUUUGCAUGAUGAAGACUCUUGAACAGAGCAAAAACAAGGAUUAUGUGACUGGGUGGCCUGGUGGACUCCUCCCACGUUUUGAAUAUUUUGUGCCUUUUUUUGUUGUCAUUUUCUAUGUCAUGUCUCCUACCAUAGCACAAAUCCUAGCGGGCCCUAGCAGCAGAGGAGGACAGCCCUCAUGCCUAACAGUGGUCCACUUUUUAUAUGAGACUCAAGACCAGGCCUCACUCAGGGCACAGUCACAGAGAAACUGAUCAUGUGCACUCGUACAGUAUAUUACUGUGGCCACAGGAUGUGGCAGAGAUCCUCAUCUUUCUUCAAGUGGCUUUUGCUCGUCUGAUUGAGUUUAAUCAAAUCAUGUUGGCUACGUAAGGAAUUAGAAGGAGGGAUUUCAGGAGAGGCUGGCUCCUCCCCGCAGUUAGUCCCCAGACCGAGAAAGUAACCUUAUUGGAGAAAAAUGGACUGCCCUGAGUUUAUCGCCAACUGCAUUAAUGCACAUCUCUUCCACAACUAACAGAUUUAAAACAGUAACAGUGUCCUUUGUAUUAAUAUUUAUGCCAUUCAUUUAGUAUUAGUGGAGCUAAUAAGGAGGGGCUGAACUAAUAGCCAAAUUCUGUCCAUCACAUAGACUAAUAGAAAGGAGGCUGCGGCUGAAGCAGAAAUGGAGCUUCCAGAUCUGAAAUUAGCUGAUUUAAUGUUCUUUUUGUAUUUGGAUAUUUUUCAUCUUAGUUUUUGCAGCACAUAUUCUGACCAGUACCUUUAGAAUCUGAAUGUCUAGAUAAACUGGGGACACAUACUUGCCUUGCUGAACUUCUCUACUGGGGAGGCCCCUCGCGUUGUUUUAUUCCCAAGCCAGUGCACGAGCCCAGCCAGCCCGCUUGUGGCUGCUCCAGACCGACCGCCACCCCCCGGCCCAACGAAAGUGCAGCUUCCCAGGCCCACUGACCUGACAUUUCCUUAGGAGGAAAGGACCUGUGGCUCACGGAGGAAACCAGCUUCCUAUGAAAAAGGACUAAAGGAUUGCACACCCUGCACAAGUGCAAACUGAUAAAGAAGACAAGUUCUCUAUGUUGCAAGGAGAGCCGGGAGUAGCAUUCUCCGCAGGCUUGCAGGCUCACGGUGGCAGGUGGCCUAGGGCAGGGCUCUGUCGGCUCGCCACCCCCGUGGAAGAUAGGGAGCGCCGAACCUAGGGACGAAGGGAUUUUGCCAGUUGCUUUUUUUUUUUAAAGAAAUCCGAUUUGCAGAAUUUAAUCUAAAAGUUAUAUUAUGCUUUGAAAACUCCAUCCCUCCUAAGAAUCUUUAAAACUUGAAAUGCUCGUCAAAUGUCCCCAUGGGAUUUUUGACCGAAAGUCAGGUUAUAGCUGAAGAAAUAUUCAGUUAGUCAUUUGAUCACUUCAGUGACAGUACCCAGUGAUGAGUCUUCUCCGUGAUUUGGGGUUUUUGUUUUGUUAUUUGCAUUUCUUAACCUGUUGAUCUAUUUGAGGUCUUUUUGUGUUUAUCAAACUUAUUCUUAAGUUUAAAAAAGAAAUUAAAAGGGUAGUUUUUUAAGAUUUUAAAGUUCUCUGACAUGUUAAAAUCUUCAAAGCACUUUAAAAAAAUCUUCCAAGUGCUUUAAUCAGGCAUUUCUCACUACCCAUUCUUGUAUUCUCUCUCUAGCUAGCCAAAUUGUCCUUGAAUCUGGAUUUUCCACAUUCUCAGAGAGUUAUUUGAAAUCUUUUGUUAUAUUUUAAAAUAUUUUUUGGAAGAGCUGCUAAUUUUAUUUAAAAAAAAAAAAAACAAAGUUGUAAAAAUAUGCCUCCUUUUUAAAAAAGAACCCCUCCCUCCAGGACAUGUAAUCCAGCAUCACAGCGCACAGGGCCAGGCUUGGAGGGAGUGCCUCUGUGCAGAUGUGCUUUCUUUACAGUGGCUGUAAAAAGUUUGUAUUUAUUAUGUAUAAAAUGUUGAAUAAUAAAAAAAAUGGAAUUAAGUUU